GCUUCCGAACCAAGCCCUGAAUCUAAUGAAGGCAAGAGAGAAAAGAAAGAAAAAAGAAAUCAAAUCUUCUAUUUCACUUCAAGCAUGUACUGGUGUCAGCUAGCGUUCAACCAAUCUGCAAGACAAAGGAAGCCCAUCAUCUAUUCUCUUCACAAGCCCUAGUUUCUCCAUUGGAAAUUGCUUAACGACUUUGAAGUUUGAUUGGGUUGUUGGAUCUUUUCCUAAAAUUUACGCAAAUAUCUGCUUAUAUAAAUGGGAAAGAUGUCAGCAGGUUUGUUCAAAAUCUUCAAAGAUCAUAGAAAGCUCCAUAAAUCGCAGGGAUUGAAGCAAACUAUGGAGAGCCCAUCAAACAUCAAUGGCGACAAAAACUUCGCCAAUCAGAAACCGGAGGACUUCAACAUUGCAGGCAGCAGCCUUAUGUCUAACAUCAUACAAAAUCAUGAUUUCUCUAAUGGUUUGCAUUCAUGGUACACAAACUGCUGUGAUGGCGUCGUGGUUUCACCUGAGGUCAAGACCUCCAAAGAACAAGCACCAAAACCAUGCAGUCGUUAUGCCGCCAUUGCAAAUAGGAAAGAAUGUUGGCAAGGGUUGGAACAAGAUAUCACGAGCAGAGUUUCCCCUGGUUUAACUUACACACUCUGUGCCCGUGUUGGAGUUUCGGGCCCACAUCUUCAAGGUCGUGCUGAUGUCAUCGCGACCCUGAAACUUGAAUACCGUGGAUCAGAAACCAAAUAUAUGUCCAUCACAAGGACCUCGGUUUCAAACGAGAGGUGGGAGAAGUUAGAGGGUACGUUUGUGUUGUCGGAUAAACCUGACCGAGUUGUGUUUUAUUUGGAAGGGCCUGCUCCUGGAGUAAAUCUUCUCAUAGAAUCUGUGGUAGUCUCUUGUGCUAGUUCUGAUGCUACAAUUGGAAGAUGUAUCUCUGCUGAACACGACAACAUCAUAUUGAACCCAUAUUUUGAUGACGGUUUAAAUAACUGGUCUGGAAGAGGGUGCAAAAUUGCUAUACAUGACUCAAUGGGAAAUGGCAAAAUCCUACCCGUUUCUGGAAAGCUUUUUGCAUCGGCAACACAACGCACACAAAAUUGGAACGGGAUUCAACAAGAUAUUAGUGGAAGAGUUCAGCGAAAGCUUGCUUACAAUGUUACUACUACAGUGAGAAUUUUCGGCAAUAAUGUUACAAGUGCUGAUGUUCGAGCCACCUUAUGGGUUCAGACCCCCGAUUCCCGUGAACAAUACAUAUCCAUCGCCAAAGUAAAUGCAACGGACAAAGAGUGGGUAGAGCUGCAAGGAAAGUUUCUUUUAAACGGUUCCCCAUCGAAGACGGUGAUAUAUCUAGAAGGUCCACCUCCCGGUGUUGAUAUUCUCGUUGAUAGUUUUGUGGUUAAGCAUGCGGAGAAAAUCCCUCCCACACCUCCACCGGAUAUUGAGGAUGCCGAUUAUGGAGUUAAUAUCGUUACAAAUAGCAAUCUCCGAGACGGAACAAACGGAUGGUUUCCACUCGGUAAUUGUGUGUUGCGUGUCGCAACUGGUUCACCGCAUGUACUCCCUCCGGCAGCUAGAGACACCCUUGGCCCCCAUGAGCCACUCAGUGGUCACAGUAUUCAUGCAACCAACCGCACCCAGACCUGGAUGGGUCCUGCCCAGAUUAUUACGGAUAAAAUCAAGCUCCAUCUCACGUAUCAAGUAUCGGCUUGGGUUCGACUGACCCAUGGAGCCACCGGUCCUCAGAAUGUAAAUGUGGCUCUUGGAGUCGACAGCCAGUGGGUCAAUGGUGGUCAAGUUGAGAUUAAUGAUGACCGGUGGCAUGAAAUUUCUGGGUCUUUUAGAAUUGAAAAACAACCCGGAAAAGUGAUGGUUUACAUUCAAGGUCCUGCUCCGGGAAUCGGUUUUAUGGUUGCCGGAUUUCAAAUCUUUGCUGUUGAUCGCCGGGCAAGAUUCAAGCAAUUAAAGCAACAAACUGAUAAGAUUCGUAAACGUGAUGUCACUCUUAAAUUCUCAAGCUCCGACUCAAGCAGUAUGCAUGGAACGAUGGUGAAAAUCAAACAAAUACAGAACAGUUUCCCGAUCGGUUCGUGCAUUAGCCGAACAAAUCUUGACAACGAAGAUUUCGUUGCGUUUUUCUUGCAAAAUUUUAACUGGGCCGUGUUUGGAAACGAGCUCAAGUGGUACUGGACGGAACCGCAACGUGGCAACUUUAACUACCGCGAUGCAGACGAGCUUCUCAAGUUUUGUGAUGAUAACAGCAUUCUGGUUCGUGGGCACUGCAUCUUUUGGGAGGUCGAAGACACGGUUCAAAACUGGAUUAAAAGUCUCAGUAAAAACGACUUAGCGAUGGCUGUAGAAAACCGUUUAAAUGGCCUUUUGAGCCGAUACAAAGGUAAGAUGAAGCAUUAUGAUGUGAACAAUGAGAUGCUUCACGGUUCGUUUUACCAAGACCGGUUGGGUAAAGAUGCACGAGCGAAUAUGUUUAAAAGCGCAAACCGGUUAGAUCCGUCGGCUACGUUAUUCGUGAACGAUUACCAUGUCGAAGAUGGGUGUGAUACACGAUCAUCCCCGGAAAAAUACAUCGAACAAAUUCUUGAUCUUGGAGAACAAGGUGCGCCCGUGGGUGGGAUCGGGAUUCAGGGACACAUAGAGUGUCCGGUGGGAGGCAUCGUGUGUGCUGCCCUCAACAAACUCGGAAUCGUCGGGCUCCCGAUUUGGUUCACGGAACUCGACGUUUCAUCUACGAACGAGCACGUGCGAGCCGACGAUCUCGAGGUUAUGAUGCGGGAGGCUUUCGCUCAUCCUGCUGUCGAGGGUAUAAUGCUUUGGGGGUUCUGGGAGUUGUUUAUGAGUCGAGAAAAUUCUCAUCUGGUGAAUGCCGAAGGGGACGUUAACGAAGCCGGGAUUCGGUUUUUGGAACUUAAGAAAGAAUGGCUUUCUCAUGCUCACGGACAUGUAAACGAGAAAAGCGAAUUUGCGUUCCGAGGGUUCGAAGGGACGUACGAGGUGGAAAUCGUUACCUUAUGCGAGAAGAUCGUGAAGACGUUUGUGGUCGAGAAGGGCGAUGUCGAGGUCGUGGUGUCUAUCCAAUUCUAAUAUGAAAGUUGUGUCAUAUAAAAAUGAAACUGGAAUUAUACACAAAUAAAUGAUAUGAUCAACUUUUAUGGUCCAA